CCCCACCCUCCACCCCCACCCUCUGGAGAUGGAGUCAGCCUCGGCGUCGGCUCCAGGGGUUGUUGCCAUGGAGAUCCCGGUGCGAGGUGCGCUCCCGGUGGUGGAGGAAGACGAGGGCUACAGCGCGCCUCCUCCUGGGUCCGAGGAGCGACUACGGUACCGUCGAGGAGAAGGGAGACGGCGACGCGGGGUGCCGUUCAACCGGGGCGGCUACUACAUGCUGAUAGUGAUCGGGGAGAUCGGCACGGAGCACCAGCUGGACACCGCCAGAGCGCAGAUAGAGCAGGGACUUCGAUCCUGGGAUGUUGACCUCGAGUGCUGUGACCUUGUUCAGCAGUUGCAGCUGUUUAUAACUCGUCACUCCGCCCACUUCUCCUCCGAGGUCAAAGGACAGAGAACUCUCCACCACAGAAGUGAUGUCCUAGAGACCGUUGUGCUUGUCAACCCUUCAGAAGACACUGUUGUAUCCGAGAUCCAGUCUUUAGUCACAGACUCUGCAGGACACAAGCUUCUGGUCUUGAGUGGCCAGAGCUCAGAUCACGGUGGCCUUCUUCUUCAAACUGGGGUUUUCACCUACCAGACCUUUUCACGUGUCUUUGCUGAUCCUGGGGUCAGUGAAUUACUGGGCACAACAGCCCCCAAGCAGCAGGCAACACUUACUGUGUCCUGCCGCAGGGAGGUGGGCUGGAGCUGCCUGGGACAGCAGCAGACCUUGCGGGAUUUCCUGGAAUACAAACUAAAUCCUGAACCUGUUCUCCCCAAGAUGGAGGGCGUCACCGAGUUCACAGAGUACAUCUCUGAGACGGUCGACGUCCCUUCACCUUUUGACCUCCUGGAACCACCAACCUCUGGAGGCUUCCUGAAACUGUCCAAGCCAUGUUGCUACAUCUUUCCUGGUGGACGUGGAGACUCUGCUCUCUUUGCUGUGAAUGGCUUCAACAUCUUGGUGGAUGGAGGAUCUGAACGAAAAUCAUGCUUCUGGAAGCUAGUUCGCCACUUGGACCGCAUUGACUCGAUUCUACUCACACAUAUCGGCGCUGACAAUCUCCCAGGUAUCAAUGGCCUUCUUCAGAGGAAGAUAGCAGAACAGGAGGAGGAGCAGUCUCAAGGCUCCACCAACUAUAGCGACUGGAUGAAGAACUUGAUCUCUCCUGAGCUAGGUGUGGUAUUCUUCAAUGUGCCGGAGAAACUCCGUAUGCCAGAAUCUAAUCUUAAAGUGAAACGCAGCAUCGAAGAGGCCUCACUGACUUUGCAGUAUCUUAACAAAUUAGGAAUCAAGCCGGAGCCUCUCUUUCGAGUUGUCAGCAACACCAUUGAGCCCAUUACUCUGUUCCACAAGAUGGGAGUGGGCAGGUUAGACAUGUAUAUUCUCAAUCCUGUCAAAGACAGUAAAGAAAUGCAAUUUUUAAUGCAGAAGUGGGCUGGCAACAGCAAGGCCAAAACUGGUAUCGUGUUGCCCAACGGGAAAGAAGGAGAAAUAUCUGUGCCCUACCUGACAUCGGUUACAGCCUUGGUCGUCUGGCUUCCCGCCAACCCUGCAGAAAAGAUCGUCAGAGUGCUGUUCCCUGGGAAUGCACCACAAAACAAAAUCCUAGAAGGGCUAGAAAAAUUAAAGCACCUUGACUUCUUGCGCUAUCCUGUAGCCACACAAAAGGACAUUGCCUCAGGAGCUCCUCCCUCUGUUAUAAAACAAACCAAGUUGAAACAAAGAACAGAUAGCAAAGAGAGUCUGAAGUCCUCCCCAAAGACUACUGCAAAGGCGUCAAAGAAAGAAACUGAAGGACAAGAUGAUGUGUCAGCUGCCACAGAGGCAAAGAGUGACUCUGUGAAGGAAAAUAUAUCAGAGAAAAAAGAGGAGAAAAAGCCUACUAAAACUAUCAAAUCUAAAACUGAUCUUCCAGAAAAGAAAAAACUCUUGAAAGACAAAUCCUCAAAAAAACACCCUAAGGACAGGGUGUCAAAAAUGGAUGAGAAAAAGGACAAGGAAAAGAAAGAGAUCAAGAAAGUAAAGAAAGAAGACUCUGCUAAAAAAGAUGAAAAGAAAGAUGUUAAGUCCAAAGAGGACAAAAAGAAGGACACAUCCAAACCUGAACUGAGAAAAAUGACAAAGCCUGACCUAAAACCACUUACACCAGAAGUCAGAAAGACAUUACAUAAAGCUAAAGUGUCUAGUAAAGCCAAGACUGGAAAAAUCAAAGCAGCAAAGGCUGAACCUGUUCAACCGAAGCCAGAAGAGCCAACCCCUGAAACUGUUCAACCUGAACCAAUACAGAAUGGAGCUGUUGAGGGGACUGCUCCCUCAACUCCUGAAGACCUCACCAAGGAUUAUGAAGAACUGAAAAAAGCUGAAGGUGUAGCUGUAACAGCAGAACCACCAGACAGUAAUGAGGUUUCAUUGGAGCCAACAUCACAAAGGCUUACUGAAGAGAAGCAGGAAGCACAAGAAAACAUAUCUGAAAUUCCACCUGGCACACAGUCUCCAGAAAAGGAGAUAUCAGCCCCAGAAGUGAAAGCUGACUUUGAAGACAAAGACAAGGAGUCAACACAAGAGAGAGAAAUGGAAGAUGCUCAAAAGUUUGAGGAUGAGGGAGCAGCAACUCAGGAUGAGGAAGACGAAGAGGAGGAAGAACAGGCACCAGCUGCUGAAAAGAAAACAGAAGAGGAGGAAGAAGAUAUGGGAAUAGGAGAAGAGGAAGAUGAGGCAAAGGAUGAUGGGCUUGACAGGAAACAUGAGAUAGAAGAAAUGGAGAAAUCAGACAAUCUCUCGGCCAAGGUUGUGACAAAAGAAGAGGAGGACGAGGACGAGGCAGUGGAGAAAGCCGAACUGGAGGAGGUUGAAGAUUUAGAUGUAAUAGCAGAUGAAGAGAUCAAAGUCAAACCUGGAGAUGCAGCUGAAGAACAAAUGAUUACUGAAAGCAAAACCAUGGAAAUUCUGACUGCAGCUGAGGAAGAAGACGAAGAAGAGGAGGAGGGCUACCUGUCACAUGUUGGAGGGGCCACAGCUCCCAUAACCUCAAUAGCUCAUGGAGCCACUGCAGCUGAACCCGUCUCUUACAUACAAGACGAAACCAUCCCCGGCUACUCUGAGACAGAGCAGACCAUCUCUGAUGAGGAGAUUCAUGAGGAAGCAGAGGAGAGGAUACCACACCUUCAGUAUGAUGUCGGUUCCUACGACAUCUCUGUUCCAGAUCAGACUGGAUCCUUUGUAAACAUUCACGGCAUGAGGGAGAUACAAGCUGCGGCCAUGACCGAGAAAAGUUUUAUCCCAGGUGUGCAAGAGCAACUAUCAGUGUUCACCAACAUCAUGACUGCUCCUCUGGCAGAAGAGGAGCAUGUGUCUUCUGCAACAUCCAUCACAGAGUAUGACAAAAUGUCCUCCUUCCCUACUUCAAUCGCUGAAGACCAAUCGGUGGCAUCUGUUACAGCACCUCAAGCUGAGGAACCGCCUAAAACCUCUGUUCCUCUGUCAACCCCACCUGAUGCUGCCCAAGGCAAAGAGCAGCCACUUUCUGCAGGAACUCUUUCACCACCUUCUUUAGAAGACGACAAACCACCUAAGUCUCCAUCUGAUGGCUUACAGCUUCCUGUUGCAGAAGUAAAGGCAGGGACUAAAUCUCCUGACGUUCAUGAGGAGGAGGAGGAGGAAGAAGAAGAAGAGGACGAAGACCAAACUCCUAAUGUUGACUUUUCACUUGAAAAACUCCAAGAGGGCUAUGCCUCAUCCCAAUUAUUACAGGGUCAAGAGAAAGAUACUGAAACACUCACUGGAUCUGUGUCUCCAGUUUCAACAUCUAUAGACACUAAACCAGUCCACCUACCAGUUGAAGAGGAAAAUAUAGAUGCAAUUGCACCUAAAGAUAUUUCCUCUGUUGUGCCUACUAGACCGUUUGGAUCAGACUCAGUGACUUCAGAGAGUGAAGAGCGCUGCUUUAGUCCGGAUGAUAUCACUGUGAAAAUGGCCUCCCCUCCACACUCCGGGCCCCCGAGUGUGGCUCACUCUCCACUUCGUCAGUCACCAGUGGAAGACAAGAUGAAGGUGUUUCCUGAUUUGGAGCUACAAAAGCAAGACAAGCUCCUCGAUGUAGUCACAGCAACUGAAGAUAAAACAAAAACGAAAGAUAAAGCAGAAACGGAGACACAAAAAGAUUUUGACAAACAGAAAGCAGAUCAGCGUGAAGUAGAAGUUUCAACAUCUUUGGACAAAUCGUUUGAGAAGGACAUCAAAGAGUUUUCCGAAAAAGAUGAAGGCAACCGGGCAGAAACAAUUCCUGUUUUUGCUGCGUCUUUAACAGAAGUUCAGCCACCAGUGUUAGGGAGUGAUUCCCUCGUCUCAUCUGGACAAAGUGAUGAAGAGGUUGACAAAGGGCUCAAAGAGAAAGAAUCUAAAGUGCCUGUUUCAGGUAAAUUUCCGGAGAGGGAGAGUUAUUUCCAGGACGACAAUGAUUCCAAGAAAGAUGAUGAUGAUGAUGAUGAUGAUCAAGAUGAUAAAUCUGCAGUUAAAACCGCCCAGGUGGAACAGGAGAAACACAUGGACGAAACCUCUGAUGUGAUACACACCAAAGAUGAGGAAAAACAGAAAACUGUCAUCCAGGAAGACGUUUCGGCUGUUAAGUGCAUCACGGAUGAGAAAGCAGAGAAACAGGCAGUAAAGGAUGACACCUCUGAUAUUAAACCUAUCAAAGAGGAGCAAAUUGCAAAGGACAUUGUCACUGUUGAUAGAGCCAUUAAAGAUGAACAGAAAGAGCCUGAAGCCAUGGAAAUUUUAGAAGUUGUUUCUGAGGCCAAACAAAUCAAAGAUGAGGAGAAGCAGAAAGAUACAAAAAAAGAUGAGUUUGACCUCAAAACCAAAAGUGAGGUAAAGGACACAGAGGUUAAAAAGGAUGAUGUGUCUGAUAAUAAGAUUUUGAAAGAGGAGGAGAAGAAGGAGACAGACAAGGGUGAUAUAAAAACUGAAAAGGAAGAGAUCCACAUCACAGAUAUCAAGCCUGUUAAAGACGAGAUGGAGAAAGAGGCAAAGAAGGACGAUAUGCCCACUAUUGAGCCUACUACAGAUGAGAAGAAAACGGCGAUAGAAACAUCUGAAAUGAAAGUGGUUGAAGAUAAGAAAGAAGAAAAAGAGAUGGAAAAGAUGGACUCUUCUGCUACCAAGCCCUUUACAGAUGAGCAAAAGGAAAAAGAUGUGUGUGACAUUGUUGCUAAACUCACCAAAGAAGAAGAAAUGAUUAGUAUGGGUGAGAUGUCUGCUGUUAUCAUAAAAGAAGAAAAGAGGCAAGAUAUUUGUAAAGAUGCUAUCUCAACCAUCAGCCUCACCAAGGUGGAGGGAAAGGAUGAAACAGUGAUUAAAGAUGAGAUUCUUGCUGCCAAGCCAACCACAGAGCAAGAAAAAGAGACAAGUAAAGAUGAUAGUUGUGACAUCAAGGAGCAGAAGAAAGAUAUGACAAGCAAGGAUGAUGGAUACAUUUUCGAACCUACUAUAGGAGAAGACAAGAAAGAAGACAUAAGUAGAGAUGAUAAAGAGAUAAAACUUACCAAGGAAGAGGAAAAAGAUGAACUGCCAAUUAAGCAAGAUACUUUGGCGGUUAAACCAACAGUUGGAGAAGAAAAGGAACAAGAGGAAAGUAAAGAUGAUUCAGCUGCCAUCAAACUUAGCAAGAUGGAGGAAGAGCAUGUAAUAAUAUGUAAAGAUGAUGAUUUUUCUGCCACGUCAAUCAAGGUAGAAGCAAAAGAGACACUUCAGGAUUCUGUCAAACCAGUAAAGGAGGAAGAAAAGGGGCGAGAAACAACUAAAGAUGAAGAUGUCACUUCUCCUGUCAAACCUGCCCAGAUAGAGGAAGAUGACGUAAUAAAGAGUAAAGAUAUUUCCGCUGUCAAAGCACCCAAGGACGACACAAGCACAAAGGAUGAUACUUUUCUUGCUAAAGCCACUGUGCAAGACGAAAAAGAGAAAGAAAUCAGUAAAGAUAUUUGUGCUGUCAAACCAACUAUAGAAGACGAAAAAGAGAAAGAAAUCAGUAAAGAUAUUUGUGCUGUCAAACCAACUAUAGAAGACGAAAAAGAGAAAGAAAUCAGUAAAGAUAUUUGUGCUGUCAAACCAACUAUAGAAGACGAAAAAGAGAAAGAAAUCAGUAAAGAUAUUUGUGCUGUCAAACCAACUAUAGAAGACGAAAAAGAGAAAGCAAUAAAUCAGGAGGAAACUUUCACUGUGAAACCACCCAAGGAGGAGGAAGUGUCAAUUAAGAAUCAUAUUGUUGCUGUCGAACCCAUCAAGGAUGAAAAAGAUACAGUGACAAUUUCAGGUGAAAUUUCUGGUAUGAAACCUACCAAGGAGGGGAAAAGCGAAGACGCUGCUGGUGUAAAACCACUUGCUGAUGAGGAAAAGAAGGUAGAGCUGAAAGAUAUUACAUCUGAUAUAAAACCCAUCAUGGAGGAGGCAAAAGAAAUCCCCAAGGACACAAUUUAUUAUGAAGAAAUUAAGGUCAAAGAGGAAGAAAUGGAAAAAAAGAGUGAAAUUUCUGAUUUUGUAUCCAUUAAGGAGCAGAAAGAAAAUAACACAGAUGAUACUUCUGUCAAAACGAUGAAGGUUGACAAAGAGGUGGAAAAAAGUGACAUUUCUGAUUUUGUAUCCAUUAAGGAGCAGAAGGAAAAUGACAUAGAUGAUACUUCUUUGAAAACCUUGAAGGAUGACAAAAAGGAAAAAAGUGACAUUUCUGACAAACAGAUACAAAUGCAGGAGAUGGGUGAUAUCUCUGACCACAGACCCAUUUUGGAGGAUAUUAAGGAUAAAGAAACAGAAAAGGAUGAGACAAAAAAGGAGAAAGAAACAGACUCCAGUGUUGAGCAACCCAAGGGUGUGAAAGAGCAAGAACCGUCUAAAGUUGAAACCAUCAAGGAGGAAAUGAAAGAUGUAGUAAAACAGGGCAGUCAUGAACCUGAAUCAAUCAAACAGGAGACAGAUGACAAGAAGGAGGUAGAGCUGCCUGUGUCCCAGUCCUUGGAAGAGAUGAAAACUAAAAGCGAUGAUAUUUGUGAUGUUAGUGAUAAGCAUAUACAUGAAGAAACCUCGGAUAAGCUUACUGGAACAGAGAAGGAAACUUUUGGCGCUACAUCAACAGAAAUGCAGCACGACACUUCUGUAACUACAUCAAGUGAAGACCUGAAACCAGUGAAAGUUGACAUUUGUGUGGCUCCCAGCCACGUCGAGGAGAAAAAAGAACAAGAUGAAGAAGGGAAGAUCAGUGUUACUCAAGGAGAGAAGAUGGAGAAAGAAAAAGAUGAUGCACAUGUUGCUGAACUGAGCAAAGAACAAAAAAUGGAAAAAGAACAAGAAAAAGAAUACACCUAUGGGACUGAAGACAUCAAAGAUGAAAAGACAAAACCAGAAGAGGAUGAAAAUAUGAUUAAAGAAAAGGAUGUUGCUGAGAAGAAGACAGAUGACAUAACUGAGAAAGAAACAUAUGACUCCUCUGAUGCAGACCACACCAAAGAAGAGAAAUGGGAGAGAGAGGAAUUACAAGAGAAAGACCUGGAUAAAGCCAUUAAACAACCUGCAGAGACCGUAUUAGGAGAAGCAGCAAUGGCAUCCAAGUCAGAUUACAAACCUCCAUUUGUGGUUCAGUCCUCCGAUGAGGACAGAGAAGAUGAAGAGGAAGAGGAAGAUAUUUGUAUGGGAGGAGCAGGCUCCAGACCUUUGUCAGUGGAGCCAAGGAAAUCAGAACACGAUAUCUCCUCUGCAGGUUUGCCCUCAUCCCAAACUCUACAGACAAAUGACCAAACUAAACCACCAAUAUCAGAACACACCACAGUGACCAUACCAACUCUUACAAUGCAGGAGCCCUCCAUUGAUGAGGACAUAAAAGAGUUUGGCAAAGAAGAAUCCAGACUUUCACUUGAAGCGGGCAAAGAUGCUGUGACAAAAGAAACCACACCUGCACCACUUGCAAAACCAGAGCCCUCCUUUGAUAUUGUCACAUCAAAGGAGGAGUCGACUUCCGUUUCUAAACAAGAAACAGCUUCUGAUAUCCCAGCAGCUAAAGCAGAACCAAUGUCAGACUCAACUGAGAAAAAGCCUGUGUUGUCAGCAAUAUCAAGCAGUGACAGUCAACCGAAGAGCUGUACACUUUCGAGUACUGAGAGCCAGUCCAGUGUGGAGGAAACACCACAGCAAGAGAAACAGAUAUGGUCUCAGACAAGCUCAGGAGUCAGUGCUACAGAAAAGACAAAACUGGAUGAAAAACCAGAGAAGGAAGCAGAGAGGGAGAUGGAGGGAGAGAGAGAGGUGGCUUCUCCAGGAUUAUCACAGACUUGCUCAUAUUUUAUGUUGGACAAAGAAGAUGGCAGCCACUCUGAAACUGUAAAAUCAGACACUGAAAAAAUGGAGAUUGUUGAUAAAAUGUCAGAAAAGGAAACAGUCAGUGGAAGCCCCGGAGAUGAAAAGCAAACCUUUGGUGCAUCCAAGUACGAUCCGUAUGAAAAGCCCAUUCCAAAGGAUCAUGACUCAGACUCUCGAGAAGAAAGUGAGGUUUCUUUAGGUUUUGAUCAUGCCUCUGAUAUGGGUAUUGAUGAUAACAGAAGAACAAGCCAGACAGAUGUUGGAGGAGCCAUGUUCCUCCUGGAUGAUCAGUACAAAGAAGAGCCUCUGUCCUUUAGUAGAGUCGACUACAGCCCAGUGUCCCUCACAGAGAGCGAAAGAAGCAGCCGCCACAGUCAAAGUGCCUCGCCUAAAUAUGAAGACAGAGAGAAAGGCCAAGAGGAAGAGAGGGAGAGAGAAGAAAGACCGGAUACACCUUAUGUUGACAACAUGUCAUCCAUAGACAUGCAGGAUAACAAAAUGUCACAAGCUGCUGACUCAUUUUCUUUCAGUUCCAAAGAGGACAAACCUGAGAAAUCAGAGAAAGAGAAAGAGGAUAUGACUGAAGGUGCUGCAGCAGCUUUUCAAACAGGUGCAACAGGAGAAAGUGAUAAGUUUUCUACCAGUGCUGCUGCAGCAGGGGUUUCAUUAAGACAAGAAACACCCUCUCCGUCAUGGAAUCAGUCAGACCUCGGUCCCCAAGUUUCAACUACUCCUGUGGCUUUUGAAAAGAGAACAGAAAAAGACAAAGAAAAAUCAGCUGAGUCGCUCAAAGACAAAAUGGAGGCCUCUGACCAUGAAAGAGAAGGAUCUUCAUCUGGUCGGCAUUCACCUGCAGAAAAAGACAUUUUACCUCAACAAGCAUCACCUUCAGAGAAAGAAGAAACAUCAAGUGAUCUCCGGACUUCAGCUGCUGCCACAUUUUUACAUGAAAUAGAUGACAAUGUUUUGGCAUCUGACAAUAGUCAAAUUAGCAGCUCUGCCACUUGUAAAGCCAUGUUAGACUUUCCUGAAGGAAAAGAGAGUCUGAUUGAUAAAAGGUUACUUGUAGAGGGUGAAGAUUUUAAUGUUGAUGAUGAUGAAGACGAAGAUGAGGAGGAGGAAGAGGAGGAGGAAGAGGAGGAGGAGUUAAGUGAUAUAGAUAUGGAAAAGGGUGCCAGAGAACAGUCUGAAAAAGAAAUGUGCAGACGUAGCUCUGAUGAUAGUGCUAUGUUAUCAGAGGUAGAAGACUCAAAUAAAAAGUCCCAGUUGCCUGAGUCAAGCUCUCCUAAAGAGGAAACAGUCUGUAAACCAACACCUGAUGAUACCUCAGCUUCUAAAGUCACAGAGACAGAUAAGCAGGAUGUGAACAAAAAAACACCAUCUCCUGAAACAAAACCACUCAAAGAUGAUGAUACAACUGAUGACACAUCCACAUCCAAGCUUCCUGGGACAUGGAGUGAAGAUGUUGCUGAAACAACUCUGUCACCAGACCCAAGUGCUCACAAAUUGGACGAAAGCUGUUUCACUACAUCAGAUGCCCCAAAACCUUCUGAAACAAAAAAAGCAGAGGACACAGGCAAAAAGCAUUUGUCUCCUGAACCAACCACAGAGAGAAGGUUGUCAUCCGCAGGGGAUGUUACCUCCUCUGAAGAAGUAGAGUCAAAAAAAGGAGAUGACGCCCAAUUGUCCCAAUCGCCAAGCUUUUUGACAAAGGAAACUAGUCAACCAAUGUCCACAAGCAGCUUGACAGGCAGCUAUUUGCCACCUGACCAUUCAGAGUCCAUGUCCAAGACUACGUCUAGUCCCUCCCCUCCACUAAGAGGUAGCUAUGCCGAUAUCGGACAGAGCAGAUCUGGAGGUUAUUCUGAGCAUUUUUACAGUGAGGAGAGUCAAGAAGGAUUGAAGGAGGAUAAGAAGGAAACCCAUCAAUCCAAGCAAAGCGAUGAUAAAUAUUACAGCCAAAGAGACACCCAAGAAGAAAGUCUAGAUGAGAGGCAGACCCCAGAUAUCACUGAAAGACAUGAGGAAACUACCUCCUCAGCUUGCACAUACACUACCUUAACAUACUCGUCCACAUCGUACAGUUACUCGUCCUCAGCCUCAACUUCUGCCCCUCUGAGCCAGAAGUUUGGAGACUCUGAAGUAACUCUGGCCAAAGAGGAGCCAUCGUUCACGACAGAGUCUACAAGCUCCUGCUUUGGAGGGUUUCAGAGAGAUGAGUACAUGGAGGUUUCAGCGAAACCUACAACAAAAGUGUCUUUACCCAGCCAGUUUGAUGAGACCAAACCAUCAUCUCCAGUCUCGUCUACCACUGCCAAAGAGACUGAGGAUCAAAGUGAUUCUGCAAAGCCUGAAACGUAUACAAAGUCAAGCACUGAUAGUUCCUCUAUGCUAGAAACUAAGAUGACAACAUCCUCCGCAGCACCAUCCCUACAAAGUACCGAACCAGCAAAGGUGUCAGAGAGUUUAUCCACGUCAGAGUCUUGCUUUGAUGUUUCUCCCCUCCAAAGGGCUGACUACUCUGACAGGGUGUCCGGAGGGUCAGCAGAAGAUGAGGAGCCCGAUACACUUGAAAUGGAGGACAGCACCCUACCAUGUCGUAUUGAAUGUCAAAAAAUCAAAGUGGCUGAGCAAAAAGAAACCUUUUCACCAAUAGCUGGGUCAUAUGUAGUAGAAAGCACCAUACACUCCACAGAGACAAAGACGGUCACCAUCACCUCUACUACCGUUGUGUCUAAACCUGACAUGGUGAUGGAAACAACUCAACCGACAGCCUCAGCUACUCCAUUGAGUGAUAGUGGAGCUAGCAAAACCACAUGUGCCACGACAGAUGUGUCCAAAACAGAUGAGGAUAAAGAAAAAAAGGAGAAAACACUGGAGAUAAAAGAGGAAAAGACAAAUGGAGCAAUUGCAUCCUUAAAGGGAGAUCCAAAGGUGUCCGAAAAAGAAACAAAAGAAAAGGAUGAAAAGACAGAUCCUGCUAAAGACAGUGAAGUCAAGCAGGAAAUGAAACUGGAGGAACACACAUGUAAAGACCGCACAGAGGAGAUGAAGGCAACAGCAGAUCCAAAAAUGUGUGAAAAAGUAGAAGAUGGAAAGAAAGGAGAGGCAGAAAAAGUAGAAGAUAAAAGCUUUUUGGAUAAGCCACCAGAGAGAUUAGAGGUCAGGAGAAAGAGCAGUAUAUCGGAUUGGGAGCUACUACAGAGGCCUGACGACUGUCCUAGUACCCCUCCUCCAGGUUUUGGUGAUGAUGAAGAGGAAGAGGAUGAGGAAGCAAUGGAAGCAAUGGAAUGGAUGGCCACUGUCCACAGUACCGCUAUGUCCUCCUCACAAGAUACCUUUCAGACAGAAACAUCAGGCAAAGGAGGCGUAAAGGCCGAUCGUCCCUCUGACCUGAACACGGGAGCCACCUCCUCCUCUGCCUCCCAUUCAGGCUACUCCUCCUGCGAAUAUAAACACCGCAAAGGAGAACUUUCUCCAUCGUUCAUCAACCCCAGCCCUCAUCAGCUCUCCAGUGACGAGGGUGAGAGGGACGGCCGCAGUGACCACUCCCAGGAAGGCGACGAGGAUGAUCAGGAGCAACACUCUGUGAAAAGGAGGUCGCACAAGCAGAGACGCCAACACACUGAGAGUUACCAUGGAGAUGCUGGGCAGGGGCCACACCAGCUGCCCGGCGCCAUGUCAUCUGGUUUGGCGGUGACGUUGGCUGGAGAGGAAACACCUCCAACAUCAGUGAGUGACUCGUUGCCUUCACAGUCUGAUUCUGACGUCCCUCCAGAAACUGAGGAGUGUCCGUCCAUAACAGCUGAAGGAAAUCUGGACUCAGACGAAGAUGCUGAACACCUGCCGGUGGACAAAUUAUCUGCAUCUGGAGCUGGUGGGGGUCACCAUCCUCCAUCACCAAGGUCAGCUCAGAAAACUCAUGAUCCUCCCCCCACCCCGAUGAAGGACCCUCAUCCCCACCCCCCCCAACCAGAUGUGUGCAUGGUAGAUCCAGAGGCUCUUCUCAAUGACCACAGCAGCACAGAGAAACUUCUUAAGAAGGAGCACAAGACCACCAAGGGCCUCAGAAAGGGUAAACCAAAGUCAGCCUCCCCUGCUCGUAAAGGGGAAGUCAGGAAGAGGUCCACUACUCCAGUGAAGCAGACUUCCAAGGACUCCGCCUCACCUCGAUCAGCCUCCCUCAAGAGGAAGGACACAGAUAGAAGCUCCAAGCUGAUCAAAAUGUCGGAGACCCAAGGCUCCAGGAGUGAGAUCCUCAACCCGGGGAAAGGCUUGGUCAAUGGUGUCAAAAGCAGUUCAGCUAACAACUCCCAGAAAACUGGCUCAGCCGUCCCCCCCGGACCACCCGUCUACGUCGACCUGGCCUAUGUGCCCAACCACUGCAGUGCCAAGAACGUCGACCAGGAAUUCUUCAAGAGAGUGCGAGCUGCGUACUAUGUGGUGAGCGGGAACGACCCAGGCAGCGGAGAACCUAGCCGCGGAGUCCUGGACGCCCUGCUGGAGGGCAAAGCUCAGUGGGGUUCCAAUUUACAGGUGACUCUGAUCCCAACCCACGACACAGAGGUGACCCGGGACUGGUACCAGCAGACCCACGAGAGGCAGCAGGACCUGAACAUCAUGGUUCUGGCCUCCAGCAGCACCGUAGUCAUGCAGGACGAGUCCUUCCCUGCCUGCAAGAUAGAGUUCUGAGCUUCAGGAGCCCUUCUGUGCUUUCCCCUCUCCAAUCCUCCCCCUCCCUGUCAUUUGUUCUAACUGGACGUAGAGUGAGAGCGAACAGCACUCUCUGCUUCUUCAAAGCUUCUCGCUCUGUCAUGGUACCAGUCUCAAAUACAUUUGCUGCAGCCCUCAAUACACUAGAUUCUGUUAGCUGAAAUCAAAGUCAAAGCUCUGGGUUUAUGCCCUCUGUGACAGUGGGCUUACCACGCACAACGAUAACCUACUUUCAUGUUUGUUUUCCUUUGUGAGUUAAACGUCUGCCCUAACACACCUCUUAUACUAGUACUAACAAUUGUGAAUAAAAAUACAAAUCAUUUCCAGUAACGAUCACACUUUGCCUCACAGCUUACAGAAGAAUUGACAUCAAGUGUCCCACAAAUGCAUAAUGCCACAGUUAAACUAUAUAUUAGUAAUGUGAAGUCCUUAAACUGUUGAUUCAAAUCAGAAUUAACUUGGAAAUUAAAUACUCCCAUGUCGCAAAUUUCUCAUCCAGAGGGCCAAAACAAGUGCCAAAACACUGUUUAAAACAGAAAUUCAUAUAUGUUAACUUCUCCAAAAUGUCUCCUAAAUAAAUCAGAGAUCAAUAAUUUGUUUAGAUUGUACACAGUAUUUUUAGAAGAGUAGAAAUUUCUGUUUCUUAAUUUGAAGCUUUCUUUUCCAUCAGUGCACAUGACAAAACUCAUCCUUUGCAAUUCUGCUCACGCUACAGUAGUUUUUGGAUUAACUCAAUAAUGACAAAUUGAUGUUAUGUAAAGAAAAACAAACAAAAAAACACGUUCCUUCUUGUCAUUUGUGGUGAAGUUUUAGGAGGUGCCUGAAGUUGCCACAGUUUGAAAUCUUUCUUCUCGGCUUUCACAGCUUCGCUGGUGCAUGAUGCUUGCGUUUUAGCUCGGACUCUUUCAGAAGUGCGUAGGGUUAAAUAAUUUCUUUAGCCAGCCUUCAAGUGUGGAAUGCAGUAUAGUGUAGAUAGGUUACAACUCUGUUUGGCUGUCUAUGCUCAAGUGAAUUCAAUAGGCGCCAGGCAAAGGGACGACGUUUGUACUAAUCAUAUCUCUGCUGGAUGUAACGGUUCCUCUUUAAGUCUUAAUCAUGGUCUUUGUUUGUUGUAUGUACUCCAGUAUACGUAUAGGGUAAAUGUUUCUAUAUCAAUACAGAGGUUAUGUUAAAUAAAUGAUAUAUUUUGUGAUGAUGCCGCAAAUUAUGAUCCUUUAAGCGAAUGCAGCGUUUUUGAUCAUGUAUUUGAGAAGGUGGUUUAAUUUACAUUUCAAUGUCAUUUGCUCCUGUUCAGCUACAUUUUACCGUCUCUGUCAAUAUCACAAAGUGAUGGAACAAAACAAGCAGUGACCUGUGACAAAUGUAGCAAUGGAAGCUCAUCCGCUAGUCCCUUCAGAGGGAAAGUUACAGCAGGGGGAGCUGCAAUAUUUAUAUAUAUUAUUGAUGUGUGAGAGGAGGCUUCCUUUAUGUGCCUUUAGCUUGUGGUUUUGGAGAGAGGGGCACAUUUUAAGGACAUGUCAGCCAUUUUGAAGCAGAGCCAGAAAGCAGGGUAAAUCAAAGAAAGUACACGACUUUGAAAUAGAGGACCAAUCAGUUCCCAGAGUACGCACACAAACCUUAUCUACACACACACGAUACUCUGAAAUAGUACACUUACAUGUACUUACGUACAUUGAUAUAACUUUGGAGCUCUGUAAUCGACAUUCUGAAAUGCCACUUUAAAACCAAUAUGAAUGUCUUUUCGCAAGGUAUUGCACCAAAUAAGAAUUAUUUUUUCUGACGUCGGAGAGGAGUGGGAGACAGAUUUUCAUUUGUAGUUGAAGCACAGAGAGCUAGAGUAGUAGCAGAAAAUAACUUUUCAUUGUAAUAUAAAAGAUGUUCCUCCAAACUGAGCUUGCAGUAAGCAAGGGACAACAUCUUAAUAUAAAGCAUUAUCAAAUAUUAAUCCCAGAGUAAUAUUUAUAGAAUGUGCAUGAAUGAGAUGACCGUGAUUGUACUGGACGCAGUUAUGAAGUAGGAAUGUCUUUGAAGUAGUUUUGUGGGCGUGUGUGUGAGUCUAAGAUACACACUGAGUAGCUGGAUAUUUUUAAAUAACGCAGCUUAGUUUGUUUCUGAUGGUGACCUGGCGAGUGAGUCACAUUCAAUUUACAUGAGGCCAAAUUUUCUUUCUUCAUUUCUAUCAAAUUUUUUAGAGUAAAAAAUCUGUAUUCGCAGUUAACUGUGGUUUCAGUUUUCCCCAAAUUUGUGCUGAGAAGCUAUUCUGAUUAUUUUCUGUUUACAUUUUAUUUUUGUCUAAAUAAGAAAUACAUUUCUGCUAAUAUGGCUCCACAUGCUUGUUAUUUUUGUUUUGUUUUAUUUUGUGAAGAUCUGAUUUGAGGCCAGCGGACAGCUCGGUUGGGCAAAGCAGGGGAGGCUUGGAAUUCGUAGAGAGGACUUUGUUUGAGCUAUAGAUGACAGAUUGAUUGCCAGGAUGUUGCCAACUAAAAGCAGGGAGGAUCCUCUGCUUACACAGUUUAACUUAACUUGAUUCUUUCCCUCCGCCUGGGACCAGUGCCAUUUUUUCCCCCUGUAAAACUCAAUCAUAACACUCGCACUAUCCUAUACCUCAUCUUCCAAAGCCUCCGUGCUCUUUGCUCUGCCUGGCCUCCGUUAGUUUGAAAUCCCAAGGUUAUACUUGUCCAUUAUGCACUGUGUAAGAGGCCGAUAUAGCUUUCUUUAUCCCACUGGGGAGAAUAUGAGUUUGAUGCAGCUGGGAACGCACAAGUACACACAUAUCCUAGUGUGGAGGGAGUUGAUUAACUGAAUGGCACAUUACGACGUGCACACUGAGGGGACAGUGAAGGUUCAAAAUAACUCCCUUGAAAAGUGAAAACAGUUCAUGCCUAAAUGUUCGAUCAAGCAAAAAGUCCUUUUUACCCCUUCUUCAAUGUAUGGAUCAGAUUGUGCGGAUGGUCUGAAAUGUUGUACUGUGUUGUAAUGUUUUUAAGUUGGCAGAUUCCAAAUACCCGGCCUUGAGAUUUUCAAGGCGUCAGUAGCAUGCUGUGAAUCACUAAAUACUGAACUGUGUGAUAUACAGAAGCUGAAUGCACUAUACAGGAGAUCUAUUUUUCUGAAUGUAGAGUUGGUACUACCAUGCGAAUGCUGCUGGAACAAAACAAUGGACAAAAAAAACUAAAACUAAAAACAAACAAAAAAAAAAACAACAUUCACACCAACCUAGACUGUAAUAAAUUUUAGGGAGCACAGAUUGUGGGGCGGAUACUGGUUUGACAUUUUUGGAGGAGACAAGUUUGACUCAACUUGUCAGAGAGCAACUGAAAUCCCAUAACGUAAAUAUUAACAGUAACACAGAAAUAGUACUAACUGCAGCUGCAACUUUUUCCUUUUCCUGAAUAUGACUUGAAACACAUGCAGACUCAAAAACCAUCAAUAAAAUUAAACAAACGCUACAUGUACAUGUAUGUACUGUACACAGAUUUGUACAUAUCGCUCUGGAAAGAACAAAUCUGAAAAAUAUAACAAUCCUUCUUGUGACAACUGUUUGUUUUAGCUGAUUUUAGUGAUGGUAUGAUCAAAACUGCUAACUAGUCCUUGAACCAAGAAAACUACACAAAACGCUGACAAGAUACAGAAUGAAAAAAGUGCAUCUUUCAGUUGAAUUUCAUCGACGUACCUGCAUCAAUAUGAAAAUAUCAUUUGAUCACAAUAUGGUGUCAUCUGUCCAUCUAAUCUCUCUGCAUGUGAUUUAUUUAGUUAUAAUCCUGAAUGUAAUUGUUUAACAUGGAAAUAAUAAUAAAAAAUACAAUGCUAUUUUAAAGAGGUAUAUUUGAAAAAAGCUAAUUGUCUUAACUGGUACUGAAAUGACCUACAGUAAUAUAAUACUGGGCUGUGCUUUUAUUGUUUGACCUAUUAACAUGUUGUUAAGAAGACGCUGUAUUGGUAGUUCUGUUUGAUUCUCUCUCUCUCUUUUUUUUUUUUGCAUUGUAUUAAUCUUAGUUAUGUUUUUCUUCCUCAGUGCAAUAUUCAAUAUCUCUCUGUCUCUUUAAUCUAACGGUAAAACUAGAACUACUGCAGAUUCAUUGUAAAAGGGAAACAGCCUGGUGAUCAUCAAUUAAAGUACAUUGAAAUCUAAAUGUG